CGCGGGCGCCCUCUGCUGGUCGGCAGGGCUGUUUUUGUGGCCGGGCUCCUCACACAGCAGCUCAGACCGCGGAGAAGCAGCAGACCGUUAGUAACCUGUCAGACUAACAGCAGUGUGGACAGCUGGCUGGACCUCUGCCGUCACGAACCCUCACCGCUAUGUUAUUCAGCCCGACCUCUUUGUCCGAGUGUCUUCAGGAAUGGGAGGAUCUCGAAAAGGACUAUCAACAGGUCCAGGAAACCCACCGUCUCUAUAAACAGAAGCUAGAGGAGGUUUCGAAACUGCAGGACAGCUGUUUGGCUUCUAUUGCGCGCCAGAAGAAAAGGAUAAAGGAGCUCUCGGAUUCCCUUGAACAAUGCAGACAGAAGGGGAACUCCGAGGACGGAAGCGCAAUAGAUGGGAUCCUGGAAUCUAUGAAAGAAAGGCCAAAUGUGUUUUUUGAAAUGGAGGCCUUUCUUCCAAAGAAGAACGGGUUAUACCUCAGUCUUGUCCUUGGAAAUGUGAACGUUACACUCCUUGACAAACAGUCAAAAUUUGCCUAUAAAGACGAGUAUGAGAAGUUUAAGCUCUACCUGACUGUGAUUCUUCUACUUUUCUCCUUCACGUGCCGGUUUAUAGUCACUUAUAGAGUGGUAGACGCGCUUUUCAAUUUCCUGUUGGUCUGGUAUUACUGCACCCUGACGAUAAGGGAGAGCAUCCUCAUUAAUAACGGCUCAAAGAUCAAGGGCUGGUGGGUCUUUCAACACUAUGUCUCAACUUUCCUCUCUGGAGUAAUGCUGACUUGGCCCGAAGGAGAGCUCUACCAGAUGUUUAGGAACCAGUUCCUAUCCUACUCCCUGUAUAUAAAUUUUGUCCAGUUUCUUCAAUACUACUACCAGAGUGGCUGCCUAUACCGGCUUCGUGCUCUGGGAGAGCGACACAACAUGGACCUCACAGUUGAGGGCUUUCAGUCCUGGAUGUGGAGGGGCCUGACCUUUCUGCUGCCUUUCCUUUUCCUCGGCCAUUUUUUCCAGCUUUAUAAUGGAGUCACGCUUUUCCAAAUGGCCCAACUACCGGAAUGGAAAGAGUGGCAGGUCCUCAUGUGCGCGUCCACCUUUCUAGUGCUGUUCAUGGGGAACUUCUUCACCACACUGGGUGUAGUUUACCACAAAUACACACAUCAGGACAAAGCAAAAGAUUUAUGAAUGUCAGUCACUCCAUAUAAUCACAGGAGCUCUUAUUUGUAUCCGUCUUUAUUAUUGUGUGAAGUUGACUUGUCAAUCUACUGUAUGUGCUUUUUUUUUGUUUGUUUGUUUGUUUUUUUUUUUUUACUUUAUUCAAGAAUUGAAUGUGCAGAAAUCUGCAGUCCACAUGAAAAGGGAUGAAAUGCGUUUGGUCCAAUAUUUAAUGUGCUUUUCAUACGUUGUUCACAAGGCUGGAACAUCGCUGCACUCCCUGAGGCAAAAUAAAGAAGCUCAUGGCCACGUG